GGCAAAAGAAGUCUGGGCAGGUAGGAUGAGGCCAGCUUACGAAGGGCUCUCAAUGCCCAACAGAGGACUUUCUAUUUAAUCUAAGCGGUAAGAGGAAGCCACUUGAAUGGAUCAUGGGGAGGAUGACAUGAUUGGACCUGCCAUCUAGGAAGGCCACUUUGACAGCUGAGCAGAGGAGGGUCUGCCUGGGGAGAGCCUUGAGUCAGGGAGACCCAGCAGGAGGAACGGGUGAAAACAAAGCAUGAAGUUGGCCACUGGGAUCUACUGUUUUCUUCUCAUUAGUCUGUACACUGACGUGGCUCAAAAUGCGACAACCGAAAAUAUCAGAAGGCUGAAACAGAGCACGGGACACAGAGUCCUCAGGAGGAGCCCCUCCCUCAACCGUGGAUCACAUCGGCAAACUGAGCCAAGAGGACAAGCAGGGACGGCUGCUCUCGGGGACAUCGAUGACAGCGUCGUCGGCAUGGACGGGCUGCUCGUGAGCUCUCUGGGGGAAGAGUCGAGCUACAGUGUCUUACCAGGGAAGAAGGGCCAAUGCGUCUUUGGCGGGAUGAUGAUGUACAACUCAGCCGUGUGGUCUCCCGAACCUUGUGUCACCUGUCUCUGCUCCAAUGGGAAGGUGGUCUGUGACGAGGCCACGUGUCCACCUCGGCAGUGCCCACGGACCUUUACACCCGAAGGCGAAUGCUGCCCUGUCUGCUCGGACACUGUAUUGAAUAGGAUUUCCUUAGGUGAUAGCAUGGAAUUUUCUGGUGAUUCUUUAGCCCAAAGUGAACACAGGGAUCCGCAGCAGAAGGCAUUGCCACAGACGCCGGCAGGAAUGGAUCGACUACUGGGCAGGAAGGAGCACGAGUCUGAGGAAGAAGACUCUGGGGAAAAGGAUGGAGAGAAGGGAGAAAGGAGGAAAACCAAGGAGGGAAGACACCACCAACAGACUCAUUCUGAGAGGACAGUGCCAGAAAAAGACAAAAAGCAAUCUCACGAAACAGAGGACUGCUGGACUGAAGAGAGAAAGAAGGAGGCGCGUCCACGACUGAACCCAGAAAGCGAGGAAGAGGAGGUGGUGGAGGAGGAGGAGGAGGAGGCCGAGGAAGAGGAGGAUGAAGAAGACAGCUGCUUCCCAGUGCCCGCUCCCAGCGCACAGAUCCCUCCUUUGCCCAGUGCGUGCUCCAUCUCCGGCCACAGGAUAAGCUGCAUAAAUGCCAAGCUUACCAAAAUACCCAACAUCGUAGCCCCAGAGUUAAGGAGCUUGGAGCUUAUUGGGAAUUCCAUCAGCUGCAUCCCUGACAAAGCAUUCCAUGGAACACCUAAUUUGGAAAGGCUCGACCUUCGCAAAAACACAAUCACCUCUUCUGGGAUCAGUCCCAACGCAUUCAAGCGCCUGAAGAAGUUAACCCACCUGUAUCUGGACAGCAAUAGCCUGGUCCAAUUCCCUCCUGCACUGCCCUCUCGACUACAGGAACUAAAAAUCAAUGAGAACAAUCUUCGGUCGAUCGAUGAAGACAGCCUGGCAGAAUUACAGCAGCUGGUUGUCCUGGAGCUAGAAGGAAACCAGCUCAGUGAAUCCAACGUCAGUCCUUCAGCCUUUGCACCUCUCAAGAGCCUGUCUUACUUGCGCCUGGGAAAAAAUCAGUUCCGCAUCAUCCCCCAGGGCCUACCAGCUUCCAUCGAGGAAUUAUAUCUGGAAAAUAACCAAAUUGAAGAAAUCAAAGAAACUUCUUUCAACCACACCAGAAACAUCAACGUCAUCAUAUUACGUCACAAUAAAAUCGAAGAAGACAGGAUCGAUCCUUUGGCGUGGAUCCAUCAUGAAAACCUGGAAUCCAUUGAUCUCUCUUACAACAAGCUCUACCACGUUCCCUCCUACCUCCCCAAGUCUCUACUGCACCUGGUGCUGGUUGGGAAUCAAAUUGAGCGAGUUCCUGGGUACGUCUUUGGUCACAUGAAGCCCGGACUGGAAUACUUGUACCUUUCGUUUAACCAGCUGAAUGACGACGGCAUCCACCCUGUGUCCUUCUAUGGGGCGUAUCAUUCUUUGAGGGAGAUCUUUCUGGAUUACAAUGAAUUAAAAUCCAUACCAUGUGGGAUAUCGCGCAUGACCUCGCUGCGCCUGCUGAGACUUAACAACAAUAAGAUACGGCGCCUUCGCCAGCAGCGCAUCUGUGGGACUGAGAACAGAGAUUCCCCUCUGGAGCAUCUGCACCUCGAAAACAACUAUAUCAGCCCGAGAGCCAUUUCAUCUUUUCAGUUUCCAUGCAUUCGAUCCCAUGCAAGCAUCAUCCUGGGGCCACAAAAGGUCAAAUAGGGCGGUGUGACCCUGCCUCGUGCUGGGUCUGUCCAGAAGCGGCACAUGGCUCCAGGGAUGCCCCUUCAAGAUAGCGGAAGACUCUGACUGCUUUUCCACGUGGUUCUCCAGCCCGCAGACCAGGGGACAGGGCAGCAUAAACCCCCAUGUCCUGUGAUCCCUGGGCAGCAGGAGCUAAGAGAGGCCCAGCCCUGCCCCUGCCCCUGCCCCUGCCCGGCCCGGCCCGGCCUGGCCCUGCUCACUAUUACUUCCCAGGAUGCACAGUGAUAAGUCUGGAGAUUAGCACAGGGAUAUCCAGCAGAUCAUUACUUGUCCCUGUUACAGCUGUGGGAUCAGGGAGGCCCAAAGGACAGAAGGACAGCCCAGGGCCUCCAUUUGUCUCCCACUUAUGUGACCAAGGCCCCAGGUCACUAUCCAAGGCCCUGCAUUAGAUGAGCUGCUAACCUGCACUGGGGGAGGGAUUUCCUGCUCCAGGAGUUCCCCACACCGAUUAAGUCCUGGGUCUAGAAGAAUAAAAGCAAACCAAUUUACAGCUGACCUGAUCUGCUCAGUAAACACUGGCGCUGGAGAAGAUCCUUUUUUGAUGUGUGAUGCCUAAAUGAAUGAAAGGCAAAGGGCUGGGCUGGACUUGGAGGAGUCAGCAAGAUCCAGUUUCCAAUCCCAACAUCUGGACACUUGUUCCAGGGCCCCAGGGAACACUGGAGUGGCUGAUCCGCCAUGGUGAAGGGAGUUCCCACACUGGAAGUCCACUGUGCUGAUAAGAGCACAGAUGCUGGUUUGUCCCAAGGACCAUGGAGCCCAAAGCCCUGAGCAGCACCACGGCUCAGCGCCUGGGCCCCACUGGACCAUGGAGCCCGAAGCCCUGAGC